GGGUUUGAGUUACUGCCGGUUUAUCUGUUCACUCGGCAUUCUCAUUUGGGCGUUUCUUGAAGAAGUUGCAGCAUCUUCUUAAUCAGCCGUCAUGGGGAAGACUAGAGGAAUGGGAGCUGGACGUAAGUUGAAGUCCCACCGUAGAAGGCAGAGAUGGGCAGAUAAGUCAUAUAAGAAAUCCCAUCUUGGUAAUGAGUGGAAAAAGCCUUUUGCAGGGUCAUCUCAUGCGAAAGGAAUUGUGCUCGAAAAGAUUGGAAUUGAAGCCAAGCAGCCAAAUUCUGCUAUUAGAAAAUGUGCUCGUGUUCAACUGAUUAAAAACGGGAAGAAGAUUGCUGCUUUUGUACCUAACGAUGGCUGCCUCAAUUACAUUGAGGAAAAUGACGAAGUGUUGAUUGCGGGAUUUGGACGUAAGGGUCAUGCUGUGGGAGAUAUUCCUGGUGUUAGGUUCAAAGUUGUGAAAGUUUCUGGGGUUUCACUUUUGGCUCUCUUCAAGGAGAAGAAAGAGAAGCCGAGGGGGUUGAUUAGAAUCAUCUCGACGAUGCUAUUGAUUCUUCUUCAAACAGCUUCAAUGGACAAUAACAAAAUGUGAUAAAAAUUGAUUGAAAUCAACUUCAAUGAUGUAUAA